UGUACAAUCGCUUCAAUGAAUUAAAAACAUGCUUGGAAAUUGAGCUAACACUUUAGUCAUUCUAAAGAUCUCUCUGUAAAAGUUUGUUCAAUCGUAUAUAACUUUGAAAUAUAUAUUUAUACAAUUUAAUUAAAUGCUGAUCAUUAAAUCAGUAUGACCUCGAAAAAAAUUAUUUUUAUUCUUCUUAUUACUCUAUUAUCCUUGUUUAUCGAGGAUACCGAUGCUGGUUGGAAAUUUUGGAAAAAAGAUAAAAAAGAUGAUGUAUCAACACCAACACCAGAUAUAACAUCAUCAACAAUAAGCACGACAUCAACAACAACACCAACAACACCAACAAAACCAUCAUCAAAUUCAAAAUCAGGAAGUGCAACAAAAGCAAUUGCUGGAGCAGCUGAUCCUGGUUUAGCAAUAGGUGUUGGUAAUACAGGAACACUUAUUAAAAAUAAUCCUCAACCAAAAAAACCAAAUCCAGGCACUGAAGUUGGUCUUGAUUUUCCAAAUUCAAAACCAACAAGACCAGGAGUUGGUGGUAAUAAUGGUCAAGGCUAUCGAGAUUUUAUUCUUGACUUAACUGGAACAGGUGAGCCAGGUAAAUUACCACCAAAAUUACCAUCUCAACCACCAGCAUUAGCUCCAAGUGUAACACCAACUACUAAAAAACCAUCAGGCUUAGUUCAACCUGUAGUUACUCCAAAACCUGCACCAACUCAACCACAAUUAAAUCAAGGAGGACAAACUCCAAAACCUAGUCUUCCUGUAUCUCCAUCACAACAGCCUGCAGUAACUCCAAAACCUACUUCUUCAUCAGUAGGAAUUAAUCAGCCAAUUCCUGGUCAAAAUAACAAAGCCAUUCAUCCAGCUAUUCCAGAUAAACCACAAGUAUCUACAUUAAAUAUUGGUCCUCUUGUUCCUACUGUUCCACCAACUUCAACAACUGGAGGUAAAAGUUGGGCUGAAAUAGCUGGUAGUGGUGGAAAAAUAACAUCAACAACAACAACUCCAAUUUCUAUAAUUAAUCCUGGACGUUUACCAUCAACUCAAACAAGUACAUCAGCUUAUUCAAGCAAUCCAACUUACAGCAAAGGCAAUCAAGUAACUGAUGAUGAUCUUGUUAAACUCAGUGAAGCUUUAUUUAUUAAAGACGCCAAUAAUGCAUAUCGUUAUAUAAAUUUAAAUUUACAAAAACAAACAACUGGAAGUAAUAAAAAAGAUGAAUCUCCUCAGCCAUUAUUUACAGUCAAUUCACAAGCUUUUAAUAUUCCAACUAUAGCCAAAGUAAUUACCAUUUAUGACAAUUAUAAAUUAGAUACAAGAGAAAAUGAAUACAUCAGUCCAGCUCAAAGAAAUGAAGAAAGUUUAUUAGUUGAUACUUUUUUGAGUACAAAUGUCAUGUCAGCUGCUAUGAGAUUUUUGGCUGACAAAGGAUUUAUUGCCAAGGAUUAUUAUGCAUACAAAGAUGUGUUGAGAAAAAUUUGGUUUAAUUUAUAUUCACGUGGUGAUGGAAAAAUUGGUAGCUCAGGUUUUGAGCAUGUUUUUCUAACAGAAAUUAAAUUAGGAACUGAAUUAACUGGUCUUCAUAAUUGGAUUUAUUUUAAUGCUGAAGAAGUUAAAAAAAGAGCAAAUUAUCUUGGUUACAUUAAAAAAGUUGAUCUUGGUGAUAAAGCUGCUAUUUUGAGUGUUCAUGCAACAUUCAAUGGUCUUGAUAAGCCAAUAACAACUAUUUUUGUUGGAACAUCACCAGAACUUGAAAUGGCACUUUAUACAGUGUGUUUUUUUGUACGUAGUGAAAAAUCAUGUCCAGUUUCACUUGGUGGAACUAAAUUCAAUAUCAUCACUCAUAAAUUUAAAUAUCGUGGAAAUGAAUUGAUUGGAUCUGCAUAUCCAGAAAUAUAAAUUUCAAUUACAAAAAAAUUUCAUAACAAUAAUAAAUAAGAUUACCUUUUGUUAUCUGUUAAAAAUUUGAAAAAAAAAAAUUAUUUUAUAUCAGUGUAGAAAAUUUACAAUAUAAUGUUGUAAUAUUUCGAAAAAUUUGCUUUAGAAAUUUUUUACUGUAAAAAAUUUAAACCAGUGUAUUUUUUAAAGAAAAAAAAAACAAAUAAAUAUAAUAAAUGAAAAAAAAAAUAAUAGAUAAGUAAUAGAUAAAAAUUAUCUAUGUAUUUUUUUUUUUUUUUUUAAAUCCUGUGAUUGUGAUCCUAGAAAUGCAUUUGAUAAAAAAAAAGAAAAAAAAAGUCAACAAUUUAUAAGUAAAUACUUGAGUGUAAAUAAAAAAAAUAAAUAAAAAAAUAAUUUAAAAAAGAAAAG